CAUUGGUGGUAUUUGUAUCUCCUGAACACAAAUACUACAGAAUGGAGAGCGGAUGGUUUUUCCGGCUAAUACUGACCGCUGUCCUUGCUGUAUCAGUAUGGAAGAUUGUCAGAUUUGUUAUACGCUGCCGAGAAUGGUGUGCAGCCGCCAGACAUUUUCAAGAUGUCGGUCCGUUACAUCCUUUCUGGGGCAACCUCCACCUGUUGAAACACACAUAUGACUGGGUGGACAUAGCAAAGGAUUUAAUCAUCAAGGACAGGCCUAAACUGAUCAUCACGUGGGUCACACGUUUGUUCCCGAACUUCUCAAUGGUUCACCCCGACACUGCCAAGGCUGUACUGAAGUCUUCUCUCCCCAAACCGACAGGAGUGGGCUCUCCCUAUGGAUCGUUUGUCUCGUGGCUUGGGGAUGGACUGUUGUUUAGUUCGGGUACCAAGUGGCUGAGAAAUCGACGGAUGCUGACACCGGCGUUCCACUUCGACAUUUUACGCCCGUAUAUCGACAUUUAUAAUGAUUCCUGCGAUACAUUCAUAAGACAACUGGAAUCGUCAUCUAUUGGAGGAAAUUCUGUAGAAAUUACGAAGCCGAUGGCGGUAGCAACCCUGGAUAUUUUGUUGAGAUGUGUUCUGUCGUACGAGUCGGACAUACAGGAACAAGGAGACAAACACCCGUACGUUCAGGCAGUGGAUGAGCUAACCCAUCUAGCAGCGGAUAGGUUCAUAAAUCCUAUCACCCAUAUCGACGCUGUCUACAGAUGGACCAGCCGAGGCAAACGGUUCUUCUACUUAUGUGACUAUGUUCAUGAUUUUGCCAACAAUAUUAUCCAGAACAGAAAGAAAGCUUUGAAAAUUGACCCUUCCUCGACACAGAAACGUCGUUUGGACUUCCUGGAUAUGUUGAUAACUGCCAGAGACGCUGAUGGUCAAGGACUAAGUGACCUUGAGAUCAGGGACGAGGUGGACACUUUCAUGUUCGCGGGUCAUGACACGACAGCUUCAGCACUUAGCUGGACCUUCUACUGUCUAGGAAAGUACCCGGAUGAUCAACAAAAAGUUUUUGAGGAAGUAAGGGAGAUAAUGCAGGAUAGAGAAAUCGUAAUUUGGGACGACUUGCCAAAGAUGAAAAUGCUUCAUCUCUUUUUGAAAGAGACAAUGCGGAUGUACUCACCGGUUCCUAUUAUCUCGCGCACGCUCAAAGAACCUCUGGAAGUGGACGGCGUCACUUUGCCUGCGUCCAUUGAUGUGAUGAUCCAGAUAGAGUGUAUUAACCAUCACCCUGACAACUGGCCAGACCAUGAAAUAUUCAGACUUGAUCGGUUCGAAGAUCACGCGUCAAGCGAUAAAGAUCCAUUUUCCUACGUUCCAUUUUCUGCGGGACCAAGAAACUGCAUUGGACAAAAUUUUGCUGUAAAUGAGAUGAAGGUUAUGCUUGCCAAAGUCUUGAACAGAUUUCGUAUUGUGCUUGACCAGGACCACGAAGUAGUCCCUCUCGCAGAAGUGGUAAUGAAAGCUAAAGAUGGGAUCAAAGUUCAACUACUGCCCAGAUAAACGAGUAUCGCUGGUUAUACCUUGGCGUUCCAUAAACUUCAGUGGCCAUCGCCCUUUAAGUUACGGAAUAAACUACAGUGACCACCGCCCACUAAGUUAUGGAAUCAACUACAGUGACUACCGCCCUCUAAGAUAUGGAAUAAACUACAGUGACCACCGCCCACUAAGUUAUGGAAUCAACUACAGUGACCACCGCCCACUAAGUUACGGAAUCACUACAGUGACUACCGCCCUCUAAGAUAUGGAAUAAACUACAGUGACCAUCGCCCACUAAGUUACGGAAUCACUACAGUGACCACCGCCCACUAAGUUACGGAAUCACUACUAUAUGACAAGCCAAGUUGUCAUUUAUGUUUGAUGUUGAUCGAGUAUUUUACCAAAUUAUUUAAGUUAUCUUAUAUAUUAAUGAGAUAUCUUAUGUUGAUGAGAUAUCUUAUAUGUUUAUAAGAUACCUUAUUUAAAGUUUAUAAGAAAUCUUAUAUAAAAUAUAAGAUAUCUCAUAAUUAAAAGUAUAUAAGAUAUAUCAUAACAGAUAUAAGAUAUUUCAUAAAAGAUAUAAGAUAUCUUAUAAAGAACGAGACUCUCGUGAGACCGGCAAAACCUAAAAGUUAAUAAAUGACUGCUCCUCCCUGUGUAAGGUAACUUCCGUUUUAUUGGAAAGCACGUGGAACAUACACAAUCAACCCUCUGUCGCGACCAUGAUCGGCUAGGCACGGAGCAGAUGUCGUGUUCGAACAAACAUGAAUAUACGGCAAUUAUAAAUUUGUUUCAAACAAUUAUAUGUAGUUUCAUCUUCACCUCGGCUACUUCAGCGAGUGGAGGACAGUUCAUUAUCACAAAUUCAAAUCUCAGAUAUCCUAUAAGGUUUAUAAGAUAUCUUAUAUAAUUUGGUAAAAUCCUGGAUCAAUGUUUCUCCGUGAAUAAAUGACAACUUGGUUUGCCAAACUACUAAGUCAAAAACUUGGGUCCUAAUUAAAUGUUUCUAACUGAGAACUGUCUAUAAUGUGAUCCUUCUAUUAAAGACUGGUAUCAUAUGGUAUAGUGAUGGCGAGUUAAAACUCUCUAUGUGUCAUAACAUUAUGUUACUUCUCUAGGACAAGGACCUGAGUUAGAAACUAUGAGUUUGAACUGUAAUGUCAUGUGACAACCUUUAUCCAAUCAGAAAGCUUGGAUCUAUGUUAAUGGUUUUUGAAAUAGAACUGUUUAUGCCAUAUCAUACUGUGAUUAAGAUCAUUGUAUAAUAUUGACAGUUGUUUAGAAAUUUGCCUAGACUGGAAUAAAAAUAAAUAAUAUGCUGUACCAGUGUAGACGGCUUGGAUCAAAGGCAAAAGACCGAGAAUCCUUUGUUAACUGUCCCUAUAAUGUUACGCAACCAUCAAUAUCUAGAUUUAAAAGGCAUUCUUCUUAAAAUGUUUAAACAUUGUGUAUCUUUUACAUAAUUCUAAAAAUAUACUUUUGUGUGUAGAAAAAUUGACGAUCCGAAAUACAUAUGUCAUACCCGGUAUUAAAGUAUUGAACAUGGAAAAUUUUAAUUUGCUAGCGAUAUGAUGAAAUCUAUUUCAAAACUAUUAAAAUGAUGUAUCGAUUGGGAUUGCAGCUCAAUACAUCUCUAUCGGGCUUAUUAUACAUAAACUGCUGUGUAAAGCUAAAUAUUAAUUAUCAUAAAACCUUGGACUGCUGAUGAUUUCACAAGCUUACAAAGGAAUGAUUGGAUAUAAAUAACUUGAUAGAAUGAAUGAUCUUAAAAUGGUUUUAUCCUGUAUUGAUGAUAGUAAGAUGCACGCACAAGGACAAUGUCUAGUACAGUCACUACAGUUAUCGUGUGUAAACUGUCACUUACAGCUCAAGUAGCUGGAUGCGUGCUAUGACCUGCCGAGGUUUAUUAAUGUGGUAAUUAUGGCGGUGAGUCACAUUAACGAUCAGAAAUGAAGUCAAUAAUUAUGAAAUCAACUGAUAAUCACAGAGUUUACUGGAAUGACGAUCACUAGAAAGAUCAAACAUCGACGGCGUGGCUUUUGAUAUUUGUGUUUUACUUUGAUGAACUUUUACUUCCUUUAUUUGUUCGACGCUUCCUCCUUGGUCAGUUCAAAUGGUACGUCUGUUAGGGAAAUUGGGAAUGCCCAGCAUGUUAGAGUUACAUGCAUAAUCACUCGUCCAGUUUCCACGCACAUCUGAAUGAUUCCUACAGCGACAGAACAGGGAUUCCGACACAAACUUCCAUCUCCUACGCGUCUAUGUUAUCAUAUAUCUUGUCGAGAAUUCGAGGCAACGUUCAAUAACUGAUCCUUCCAAUUAAAUAUCGGCAUAUUGUAAAUAAAAUAAAUCCUCAUGGUUCCUGACCGUGCCACUCGUAGGAUUUCAAUGGUGCUUUUAUAUCCCUCCGCUUGAUAGUUCGCCUCCAAAUCCUUUUUUGAAAUAAAACCCUUGAUCUUUUUGUUUGAUUAUAUACGUGAUGAAUGCUCGUAUUGUCCUAUUAGUUACGAUGAAGGCAUUGAAACAUGCAAACUGCGCAAGUCAGCUGUUAGCAUGGUGUCAGACAAGUUGAAACUACAGGUUUUCCAAUAAUACCGUUUUACUCAGGAACUAAAUAUUUUGUUAUAUUUUUCUCCUUGUGAAAAAUAGGAAAAUUACAAAUAUAAUAAUGAAUUUUCAAAUGUCUUAAGAUUAUCGGGAAUAACUACAGCGGAACACGGGUAAAUUUUCCUUAACCGUUUUGUUUUCGCUUAUCUUGACUAAGCCAUGCGCACCGAUAGUCUGAGCUAAAAAUACCCCUGAAAUAUCACGUGACUUGAGAUUCCCGCCGUUCAAAUCAAAUUAUUGCUAUGGUUCAUUGGUUCGUUGUGCGUUGUCAACGAUUUUUGUUUCGACUUCUCAGAAACACCAGAGCCAAGUUUAAUGAUUUUUUGUAGAAACCUUCCAUAGACAAAGGUCAACCUUGUGAGUAAUAUAUAUAAUAGUUUGACUAUCAUUUGCUUGAUUUCUAUUUGAAUUAAUUCUAAAUUGGUUAAAGUUAGAAUUUUUGGACGCCGGUUUCAUUGUAUGCAAAUGUUUGCCCUUUGGCUGAUGAGCGGAGUCAAAAGGGGUAAUUUACUGAAAUAUUAUAGAACUGAGGUGACUGUUAAGGGGCAUGGCCCCUUGUAUAAAACAUACUCUUAAUGUCGAAAAUAUCUUUUAGAUAUCAUCAAGAAAGAGUAAAUCAAGGUAAAAAAAAAACACAAAAUAGUAAGUGACAUGUCGUGACUCGAACUCCGAGCCUCCAUGCUGUUAAGCGGCGUAUCUACCAUAUGAACAAACAGAGUUGACUAAAAUAACUCGUUUAUAUUAUCUUUUAUAGUCAUUCUACUGCAUUCUACAGACAGCGCAUCGAAGGACCACCUUUUAGGAAUAUGAUUUUAGUUGUCUUUUGGUAUAUUGUAUGAAAUAAGACAUUGUAAAAGUUGGUCCUCCGAUGUCAAAAAAUGAUUUCAAUUCGGGGAAAACCACAUUCGAAAACUGUAAAUAGCUCGAUGAUGCAACUGUACGGUCAUAUAGUAAAAAUUCACAAACAUGUUUUUUGAAAAUACGAAUAUUUAUGUGUUUAUAGUUAUAGAUUAAAGGUUUGUAUUAAAACAAA